AUGAAGCAUCCUACCCCUCGGGCUCUUCAGUGGGGCUGGGACAGCGCGUUUACACAGGGUCAGAGCAGGGCUGAUAUUUCUCGCCGUCAGGAAGAAGCAUUCAAGUACUCGAUUGGUUUUGUAGGAGAACCCAAAGCAACCCCAGUAGGGAAACAGACUCACCGCCACCUCCUUCCCCCAGCCCAGGGGAGCUCCGGCGGGUCACUCGGGGGCCGCCUCGCAGCGGGUUCACGGCCUGAAACCGAGACAGUCGCUCCCAGCCCCACACGGGGCAAACCCCAACUCGCCGCAAUAGCCACCGCCGCCCACGUUCCGGAGACGGCAGGGCGAGCAGACGCUGCUCCUCCAGCACUCGCAGGGAGGCGGAUCUCCUGGCUCCGCAGAGCGAGCAGCCGGGAACCCCAGCGCUGGCCGAGGCGAGGGGACGAUCCGGCCCGGCCCGGCCCCCGGGAGAGGCAGAUGCGGAAACUGAGGAACCCAGUGGUGCAGUUACUUGCCCAAGAACACGCAGCAAGCCAGUGGCAGAGCCAGGAAGAGAAGACAAUACACUUGAGUCUCAUUCCAGGGCCCUAUCCACUGUAUCAUAUCCUAAGAUUUAAAAUCUGCAUUAAUGUUCUUGAAGACGGAAUAAACAGUACAUGAACUACAUUCACAGAGGCUCCUUGUGACAGAGUGCUGGUUACGAAACCCUGGGCCAGACCUCUGUCACACCAGCUCCAAUCAGGAAAGGGGAAUUGGAGCUGGCUGAGUAAGCCGAAGCCUAAGUGGCAAAUGGGGAACAGCUGCCGACCUCCUCAGCCAGGGGCUACAUAAAGGCUGUCAGGAAGGAAGCCGGGGGGAGCAAAUGGAAGAGCCUGGAAGUCAGAGGCAAUGGCUACAAGCCUGAUGCUGUCUGUAGCUACAAGGUGGUGGGAACUUGUGUUGUAAAUAAAGAGCGUGGGUGAU